CGCGUGUCCGGCAUUUAAUUGUGUCCUGUGUGUUCAGUUGACAGCAAUGGCAGGUCCUGACCUUAUAAAAACUCUUCUGUACACAAUUAAUAACCUUUUACAGCAGGAGAAGUACAAAGCCGGCUUGGCAGUUGUGAAAGGGUUCAGAAACGGUGCCGUAUAUGGGGCAAAGAUCAGAGCACCGCAUGCCCUGGUUAUGACAUUUCUGUUUAGAAGUGGCAGUUUGAAAGACAAAUUUAAAGCCAUUUUGAAGGCCACAUACACCCACUCUCGGAAUCUGGCAUACUUCGUGUUCACGUACAAAGGUCUUCAAGCCUUACAGCAGAAGAUCCAAGGAAAGAGCUUCCAGUCUCACUCUUUUCUGGCUGCCUGUGUUGGAGGAUGGUUGGUGUUUGGAGACAACAACAACAUAAAUAGCCAGAUUAACAUGUACCUGCUGUCCAGAAUCCUGUUUGCCUUGUCUCGACUGGCUGUGGAGAAAGGAGUUAUCCCUGCGCCCAAACAAGAUCCUUUCCCAAUCUUUGCCACACUGGUUUGGGGGAUUGUCUUGUGGCUUUUUGAGUAUUAUCCACACACCCUUCAGCCCUCACUGCAGUCCUCCAUGAACUACCUCUACCAUGACAGUAAUGUGUGGCAUGACAUCUCAGACUUCCUUAUAUAUAAUAAACCAAGGACUGCAUCUCAGUAAUGAGGUCUUUGUUUUUGGAUGUGAAUAUGCUCUUUAUGAUGCAAUCAUUACCUUUAUAAUCUUUUUUAUGACCAAUACUCCAAAUGACAUAGAAUGCUACCUUUUUAAAACUGCAUUGCAGGAUCAUUGUGCUGUAUACAGUUAAUGUUUUAAUUCGUAGAGUAAUUUAUUUUAUGUGUCUGAUCUCUCCACAUUUCCAUCCCAGCUACUAAAUUACAAAAUGUACAAGGUACAUUUGCGUUGUGUGAUCUACUUGUGACAUUUUUAAAUAAAUAUAAUU